UGGGCUAUGCCUGAGCCCCUCCGCCCCGCUGCAAGCAUGAAAGACUGUGGGGACUCCAAGGACCAGCAACUCACGGUGGCACUCAGGGUCCGGCCCAUCAGUGUGGCAGAGCUGGAGGAAGGAGCCACCCUCAUUGCCCACAAGGUGGACGAGCAGAUGGUGGUUCUCAUGGACCCAAUGGAGGACCCUGAUGACAUUCUGCGGGCACACCGCUCCCGGGAGAAGUCCUACCUGUUUGAUGUGGCCUUUGACUUCACUGCCACCCAGGAGAUGGUGUACCGGGCUACCACCAAGGGCCUCAUAGAAGGCGUCAUCUCGGGCUAUAAUGCCACUGUCUUUGCUUAUGGUCCUACAGGCUGUGGAAAAACUUACACCAUGCUGGGUACUGACCAUGAGCCAGGAAUCUACGUGCGGACCCUCAAUGACCUCUUCCGUGCCAUUGAGGAGACCAGCAGUGACAUGGAAUAUGAGGUGUCCAUGUCUUACCUGGAGAUCUACAAUGAGAUGAUCCGGGACCUGCUGAACCCCACCCUGGGAUACCUGGAGCUGAGAGAGGACUCCAAAGGAGCCAUCCAGGUUGCUGGAAUCACGGAGGUCUCAGCCAUUAAUGCCAACGAGGUUAUGCAACUGCUAAUGAAAGGGAACCAGCAGAGGACCCAGGAGCCCACGGCUGCCAACCAGACAUCCUCACGCUCCCACGCUGUGCUGCAGGUGGCCGUGCGCCAGCGCAGCCGGAUCAAGAGCAUCGUGCAGGAGGUGCGGCAGGGCCGCCUAUUCAUGAUCGACCUGGCUGGCUCUGAGCGCGCCUCCCAGACGCAGAACCGCGGGCAGCGCAUGAAGGAAGGGGCCCACAUCAACCGUUCCCUGCUGGCCCUGGGCAACUGUAUCAAUGCACUGAGUGACAAGGGCAGCAACAAGUAUGUCAACUACCGGGACAGCAAGCUCACCCGGCUCCUCAAGGACUCACUGGGGGGAAACAGCCGCACAGUGAUGAUCGCCCAUAUCAGCCCAGCAAGCACAGCUUUUGAGGAGUCCCGGAACACCCUGAACUAUGCCGGCCGGGCCAAGAACAUUAAGACAAGGGUGAAGCAGAAUUUGCUGAACGUUUCUUAUCACAUCGCCCAGUAUACAAGUAUCAUCGAGGACCUGCGGAGUGAAAUCCAGCAACUCAAGGGCAGGGUCAACCGACCAGCUGGGUGGGGCCCAGCCCCAGGCCAGCUGGAGUGGGGCGACAUCCAAUACAUCCAAGCCGAAGUGCAACAUCAGGGUGAGCAGGCAGAAAUGAGGACGCUGCACGCACAGCUCACCAGAGCUCUUCAGGAGCAAACGGAAGUGCGCAGGCGCCUCUUGGAGGUGGAUAAACGGGCCGUGGAGAUCGAGGUCGAGAUGGAGGCGACCUGCCACUUGCUCGCCAUUUCGGGAAGGAAGCAUAAGAAAUCCCGAAAAAUCCUCAAACGGCGAGAGGCACGGAAGAUGGAGUCCUACACUAAGGAUGAUAGUGAGAAAGACUCAGACACAGGCAGUGACGCGGUGGAUGACCUAAUGCCCCACGAGGUGGCCUCAGCCAGGGAGAAAGUCACUGCCCUGUUGGACGAGUGGAAGAAGUUGCAGAAGGAAAAGCUGGUACUGCAGCAGCGCUGCCAGCAGGAGCUACGCACACGUUGCCGGGGCCUGGAGGAAAAGGUGCUGCGGCUUACCGGCUCUGAAAAGCUGCGUGAGGUGCUCAGUUUGCUGUGCUGCGUACAUGCGCUUGAGAUGGAGAACACCGAGGUGCACUCACAAGGGCUGCUUGGCAUCUGCGACAAGAUCAUCCAGGCCCAGAAGCAGAUCAUUGAUGAUUACAAGAUACCGGUCCCCCAGUACAUAGAGAAUCUCUAUGAAGUUUACAUGACACAGCUGGAAAAGGAUGGCCAGGAGCAGACCACUGGCCCGGAGGAGCCCACUGUCAUGGGCCAAAAGGCUCCCAGAGCCCCCAAGGAGAGUUUUCUGCCCCAGAUUACUGCACCAGAAACUACAAUGGCUGUGGACUCUGACCCAGAGCGUGUUAGCACAGCACAUCGUGAAGCUCGACGCCUGAAAAACACCACCUUACCCCCCAUCACCUUGGAGAGGGGGGCAGAGCUGAGAAUCACCAGCCUGGCCAACAGCCAUGCGUCUUCCUCGGCCAUUGGCACUAAAGCCCACCUUGGAUCCAAGGCCAGACCCCGGGCCUGGCUGGAAAAGAGCCCUUCCAUGGCCACCAUACCUCCCAUCUUGGCUGGAAACCUGGUGACCCAAGAGGUCCCACCUUCAGAUAGCCUGGGCUUCCAGGUCAACUCUUCCCCUGACAGCAGCGAACAUGUAUCGGAAGUUGCUUUGUUAAAGAAAGAGGGGAAGGAGCUCCCGGCCAGCACCACGUCCAUUGCGGCGAAGGCUGCCCAGCGCCGCUCACAGGCCCUGGCCAGGGAGGGGCGCCACCUGCUGGCACCCGAUGGGGAGCACAGCAGCCUGUCCUUACAUUCAUUGAGCGAAGCUGAUGAUACUGGGCCACAGAGCCCUGUGCUGCAGCAUGCAGCCAGCGAAGAUAUGUCUAGCAGCGUGGGAGAUCUGCCCUCCAGGGCAAUAAUGCGGCAAGAUGAUGCCCCUGGACCCUGGCUAGACAGCCAAAAGAAAGGCAAAGAUAAGAAAAGAGAGGAGUCGCUGGAGGCAAAGAAGAAGCAGCAGAAGUCCCGUGAGGUCGCAGGGCCAGCGCUCUCCCGCCCCAAGACACACGUCCCCCACACCCAAGAGAGCACCUCAGCUGACAACACGCCAGCCUGCGAUCAGCUAGGACCUGGUAACCGGCAUCUGGGAAAAGUCUUGCUACCUCUUGCUAAAGUGAAGCUUCCUCAGAGUGAAGGUACUGGCUCUGGAGAUGCCUUAUCUUUGAUGGUUACCUCUAGCACCACUGGUGCUUCUCGACGGCCCGCUCAUAAGCCUCGCCCACCUCACGGAUCAAACCCCCAUUGCAAAAAUGGGCCCUUCCGGCACAAUUGAAGGGCCCUGCCUGGAACCAGCUACUCUGCCCGAGACUGAAUGGGGUGUAGCUAAGAAUGGGAAACAGAAGAUGGGAAGAUGGGGGAAUCAUAGGGAAAUAGGAGCUCAGAACACCAGGGCUCCUGAGACCCUGAAACUG